AUGUUCUACAUAGAAAAAGUUGAUGUUGUUGCUGAUGCUAUUGCAAAGCUGGUUGAAUACAAUACCUCAUAUUCGACAAAGCGUGAUGCGAAGACGGAACUGGGUUCCCAAGUAUUUGCAAAGCUGGAGGAGUUCUUAAGUAGUAUCAAGGAAUCAAUUUCCAAGGCUGAUCUUUUGAAUCGAUCUUCUAUUUCCCAAGAAUCAAUUUCUAAGUUGAUUUCGUCUAUCGAAGCUAAUCUCAAAGCGGAACUUGCUCCCAUCCUUGAGUUGGUUCUUCUUUUACUAACUAAUGCUCCACCCGCAAAGCAAGUGUCACAAAGGGAGGAGAAAUGA